AUGCACCGCUUAAGGACUACAGUCGCUCGUCUGGGGCCUUCAGUGAGGUGUGUAUCCCGGCCCAGACCUGCGCGGCUCCCAGGGGCCCCCAGGACGUGCGAGUCUACGAGACGUCUAUUUGGGUCUGUGUCUUCAGAACCUUUUCUCAACGCAACAAGCUCGAACUACGUGGAGGAGAUGUACUAUGCAUGGCUGGAGAAUCCAAAGAAUGUGCACAAGUCCUGGGACAUUUUUUUCCGUAAUGCAAAUGCCGGUGUGCCACCUGGUCUCGCUUACCAGAGUCCUCUGCAUCUUAAUGGGAUGCCCCAGGGAGCCGAAAGUGCCCCAUCUCUGUUGGGGGCUCCGGUCAAUACAAAGAAGCUGGUUGCGGAUCAUCUAGCUGUGCAUACGCUAAUUCGAGCCUAUCAGGUUCGGGGUCACCACAUAGCCAAACUUGACCCACUGGGGAUCAGUUGUGUGGAUUUUGAUGAUGCCCCUUGUGCUGUGGGAUUCCAAAAUGUCGGCUUUUAUGGGCUGGCAGAAUCCGACUUGGAUAAAGUGUUUCGUCUUCCUACCACUACUUUCAUCGGAGGAGGUGAAAGUUCUCUUCCGCUGAGGGAGAUUAUACGACGCCUGGAGUUGGCAUAUUGUCAGCACAUAGGAGUCGAAUUCAUGUUUAUUAAUGAUGUGGAGCAGUGUCAAUGGAUUAGACAAAAGUUUGAGACACCAGACAUCAUGCAUUUCAAUGCAGUUGAGCAGAGGACCCUCCUCGGCCGCAUGAUCCGAUCCACCAGAUUUGAAGAGUUUCUUCAAAGGAAAUGGUCUUCAGAGAAACGUUUUGGAUUGGAAGGUUGUGAGUCGCUAAUACCAGCUCUGAAGACCCUUAUCGAUGUGUCGAGUCAGCGUGGCGUGGAGAACGUCAUAAUGGGAAUGCCACACAGGGGUAGAUUAAAUGUAUUGGCCAACGUGAUUAGAAAGGAGUUGGAGCAAAUCUUCUGCCAGUUUGACUCUAAACUAGAGGCAGCAGAUGAGGGUUCUGGGGAUGUAAAGUACCAUUUAGGCAUGUAUCACAAACGGAAAAACCGGGUCAGUGAUAAGAAUAUCACUCUGUCCCUGAUGGCAAACCCAUCUCACCUGGAGGCUGUGGAUCCAGUGGUGCAGGGGAAGACCAAGGCUGAGCAGUUCUAUUGUGGAGACACGGAGGGCAAAAGGGUAAUGUCUAUACUUCUUCACGGAGAUGCAGCCUUCGCCGGGCAAGGUAUAGUUUACGAGACCUUCCAUUUGUCAGACCUGCCGUCGUACACCACUCAUGGGACUAUUCAUGUGGUCGUGAACAACCAGAUUGGAUUCACCACCGACCCCAGAAUGGCUCGCUCAUCUCCGUACCCGACAGAUGUGGCCCGUGUGGUCAACGCUCCCAUCUUUCACGUCAACGCAGACGACCCAGAAGCCGUCAUGUAUGUGUGCAAAGUGGCAGCUGAGUGGAGGAACACGUUUCAUAAAGACGUGGUGGUGGACCUGGUGUCUUACAGGCGCAACGGUCACAAUGAAAUCGAUGAGCCCAUGUUCACUCAGCCGUUAAUGUACAAACGCAUCAAAAAACAGAAAGGCGUCCUCCAGCAAUUUGCAGAAAAACUUAUUGGACAAGGAGUGGUCUCUGCACAGGAAUAUGAGGAGGAAGUUGCGAAUUAUGAUAAGAUUUGUGAAGAUGCAUACGCUCGCUCUAAAGAUGAGAAGAUUCUUCAUAUUAAACACUGGUUGGACUCGCCAUGGCCAGAUUUUUUCAAUCUCGAUGGACAGCCCAAAAACAUGAAGUGUCUUUCCACCGGCAUCCCUGAAGAAGAACUUCAACACAUUGGAAAUAUCGCAGCUAGUGUCCCAAUGAAAGACUUUACUAUACACGGAGGACUGUCUCGUAUCUUAAAGGGCCGCGGGAAUAUGGUGAGCCAGCGACUCUGUGAUUGGGCUCUUGGGGAAUACAUGGCCUUUGGCUCUCUGCUCAAAGAGGGCAUUCACGUCCGUCUUAGUGGACAAGAUGUGGAGAGAGGGACUUUUAGCCAUCGGCAUCACGUCCUUCAUGACCAGAAUGUGGAUAAAAGGAUUUGUAUCCCAAUGGACUACAUCGCUCCUGACCAAGCUCCGUACACAGUCUGCAACAGCUCCUUGUCUGAAUACGGCGUACUAGGUUUUGAAUUGGGAUUUGCCAUGGCCAGCCCCAACUCUCUGGUUCUGUGGGAAGCCCAGUUCGGUGACUUUCACAACACAGCACAAUGCAUCAUCGACCAGUUCAUCAGCUCGGGACAGGCCAAGUGGGUCCGUCAGAACGCCAUUGUACUGCUCCUGCCUCAUGGAAUGGAAGGAAUGGGUCCGGAGCACUCCUCUGCUCGCCCAGAGAGGUUUUUACAAAUGUGCAACGAUGAUCGGGAUGUAUUUCCUAAACUCACAGAAGACUUUGCAAUGCGUCAGCUUUAUGACUGUAACUGGAUUGUCGUUUACUGCUCCAACCCGGCAAACUACUUUCACGUCCUUCGUCGCCAGAUCCUGCUGCCUUUCAGGAAACCGCUCAUUGUGUUCACUCCCAAGUCUCUGUUGCGUCACCCUGAGGCUAAAUCUAGUUUCGAUUACAUGCUGCCAGGCACCAGCUUCGAGCGGCUUAUCCCAGACGUUGGCCUCGUAGCAGCCAAUCCUACAAAUGUCAAGAGAAUCAUUUUUUGUUCUGGGAAAGUUUACUAUGAACUGACCCGCGAGCGAACAAACAGGGGCCUGGACAGUGACGUGGCCAUCGUCCGCAUUGAACAGUUGUCGCCGUUUCCUUUCGACCUGGUGAAAAAGGAGACGGAGCGGUUUCCUAAUGCAGACUUGGUGUGGUGUCAGGAGGAGCACAAGAAUCAGGGCUUCUACGACUAUGUCAAACCGCGCAUCCGCACCACGAUCCAGAGAAGUCGGCCUGUUCUAUAUGCCGGCCGUGAGUCGGCUGCUGCUCCUGCCACAGGAAACAAGAAGACUCACCUGAUGGAGCUGCAGCGUCUGCUGGACACAGCGUUCAGUCUGUGA